AUGAUUGGAGAUGCCGCCCACGUAAUGGUACCAUUUUUCGGUCAAGGGUUGAACGCGGGCUUCGAAGAUGUUACCAUUCUAAAUGAGAUACUCAAUUCAUGCGAAGACGACAUACCAAAAGCUCUAGAGACGUUCACCGAGAGAAGACGAAAUGACUGCCACGCCAUUUCCGACCUCUCGCUGUAUAACUACGUCGAAUUGCGAGACUUAACUACCCGUCCGUCUUUCCAUCUGCGUAAAUUCAUUGACGACAGCCUUUUUCGUCUAUUUCCAUCAUACUGGCUACCAUUAUACCAGUCGGUUUCAUUUACGAAUUUGAGCUAUGAGAAAUGCGCUCGCAAUAGGCGACGACAGGAUACGGUUAUUUUAGCUACGGCUUUAACCAUUUUAGUCGUCGCUGGGGAGCUAUUCGCGCGUUUUGUAAUGUUCCUAUGCUAA